CAAGCACUUGCAGUAAAUGUGACAAAUAUUUUUAGAGCUUCAGGGCAGUGUGGGUGACAACCAAGCUACCAAGAAAGGGGAUGGCGUUUACACUCGAAGAACGGCUGCAGCUCGGGAUCCACGGCCUCAUCCCUCCCUGCUUCCUGAGCCAGGACGUGCAGCUCCUCAGGAUCAUGAGAUACUACGAGCGGCAGCAGAGCGACCUGGACAAGUACAUAAUUCUCAUGACGCUUCAAGACCGGAAUGAGAAGCUCUUCUACCGCGUACUGACGUCGGACGUGGAGAAGUUCAUGCCGAUCGUGUACACGCCCACGGUGGGGCUGGCCUGCCAGCACUACGGCCUGACCUUCCGAAGGCCACGUGGGCUGUUUAUCACCAUUCACGACAAGGGCCACAUUGCCACAAUGCUGAACUCUUGGCCAGAAGAGAACAUUAAGGCUGUGGUGGUGACAGAUGGGGAGCGCAUACUCGGCCUGGGAGACCUGGGCUGCUACGGCAUGGGCAUCCCAGUGGGCAAGCUGGCCUUGUACACAGCGUGCGGAGGAGUGAACCCACAGCAGUGCCUCCCUGUCCUGCUGGAUGUCGGCACCAACAACGAGGAGCUGCUCAGAGACCCGCUGUAUAUUGGCCUGAAACACCAGCGUGUGCGCGGGAAGGAGUAUGACGACUUGCUGGACGAGUUCAUGCAGGCCGUGACAGAUAAGUUUGGAAUAAAUUGCCUCAUCCAGUUUGAGGACUUCGCCAACGCCAAUGCCUUCCGCCUGCUCAACAAAUACCGCAACAAGUACUGUAUGUUCAAUGAUGACAUUCAAGGCACAGCCUCUGUUGCUGUGGCAGGGAUCCUUGCCGCUCUGCGAAUCACCAAGAACAAGCUUUCCAGUCACGUGUUUGUUUUCCAAGGCGCAGGGGAGGCAGCCAUGGGCAUCGCCCAUCUCCUUGUCAUGGCCCUAGAGAAAGAAGGCGUGCCCAAGGCAGAGGCCACGAAGAAAAUCUGGAUGGUGGAUUCCAAGGGGCUAAUCGUCAAGGGAAGGAGCCACCUCAACCAAGAAAAGGAGAUGUUUGCCCAAGACCACCCUGAAGUGAGCUCUCUGGAGGAGGUGGUGAGGCUAGUGAAGCCCACCGCCAUCAUAGGUGUCGCCGCCAUCGCAGGAGCCUUCACGGAGCAGAUUCUGAGGGACAUGGCCUCCUUCCACGAGCGCCCUAUCAUCUUUGCCCUGAGCAACCCCACCAGCAAGGCCGAGUGCACAGCUGAGAGGUGCUACCAGGUCACAGAGGGUCGAGGGAUCUUUGCCAGCGGAAGUCCUUUCAAGAGCGUGACUCUGGAAGAUGGAAAGACAUUUAUUCCCGGGCAGGGCAACAAUGCCUACGUAUUCCCCGGAGUAGCACUGGGCGUCAUCGCUGGGGGAGUCCGGCACAUCCCAGAUGAGAUCUUCCUCCUGACAGCAGAGCAAAUUGCCCAGGAGGUCUCUGAGCUGCAUCUGUCUCAGGGGAGACUGUACCCACCUCUCAGCACCAUCCAGGAUGUGUCUCUGAGAAUCGCCAUCAAAGUCCUUGACUAUGCGUACAAACACAACCUGGCCUCCUACUACCCAGAGCCCAAGGACAAGGAAGCUUUUGUACGAUCCUUGGUCUACACGCCAGACUAUGACUCCUUCACACUGGACAGCUACAGUUGGCCCAAGGAAGCCAUGAAUGUUCAAACAAUCUGAUGUGGUCUCAGGGGCUGUGUGGGGCCGGAUAAAGCCCGGAAUAAUGCCUACCAUAUAAAUGGAUUCCAAAAUGGU